GGGAAUACCAAUUUACCAUGAUAAAGUAUCGGAAUCAAAAAGGUUCUGAUGAAGUUUGCUGACAAAUACGUAAUAGAUAAUAAAACAUUGGAAAAUGGAACCGCCGGGAAAAUUUAUCGAUGUAUAAAUAAAGAUUCUAAUGAAACUCAUGUAGUCAAGGUGUACGACAAGGCCCGGCUGAACGAACGGCGCAUAGACUUGAGCCUAGAGGAAGCACGCAUUGGUCUAAGUCUUCCUGUGCACCCUAAUUUGAUGCAUGUGUUUGACGUAUUUGAUGAAGAAAAUGCAGUUAUGAUUGUGAUGGAGCAUAUGCCCGGCGGGACGCUAUACAAACAUCAAAGUGAGGUCGGUACCAUCCGAGAGGUGCGCACAGCUCGGAUGUUGCGGCAUAUACUGUUGGGUUUAACUGUUCUACAUUCAGUGGGUGUGAUGCAUCGUGAUAUUAAGCUUGAGAACAUUUUCUUACGAUCAAAGGGAAAAUCUCAGAACGGAUUAGAUGAGGUACCUGCUAUUGGGGACUAUGGGUUUGCCACACGAUCAAUACCAAGUAGUCAAUGUGUGGGCUCACCUCAGUACUGUGCUCCUGAGAUUGCUUUCAUUGGCCUGCAGGAGCACUGCGCGACAAGCAAUAAACCGCUGUACAACGAGAAAUGUGAUGUGUGGUCUGUGGGAGUGGUAGCAUUUGUGAUGCUUACAGGCUUGCUACCAUUUGAUGGUCCUACACCGACGCAAGUGUUUACUGAAGUAAUUAAGAAUAUACUCCCUUUCCAACAUCCUUCUUGUAGAAAUAUGAGCCUGCAAGCCAAACAGUUUAUUGUGAAGCUUACAAAUACAAAUCCAUCUAAACGUCCAUCUGCUAAGGAAGCACUUCGUGAUCCAUGGCUUGCUGUAUGAUCCUAAAUGAAGUGCGAUUUUACCUCACCAAUAAGGAUUUGAUUCUUGAUAAUAUUCGCUAACAUCGAUUUAUGCAAAGCGCUGGAAUAUAAUAACUCUCACUGACGAAUGUAAAAUGGUUGUGUGAACACUUUUGAUGAUGAUUAUUAUGGAGCUUCGCGUCGAAAUCCAUGUGCACAUACUUGAAUAAUUUCAUAUGGAAAAAUCAUUUCUGAAGUGGUAAAAUAUACAUGUGUAUUCUAUAUGUUUAAUCCUUUAACAAAAUUAGUAUGAACCUUGCUUGCACAUUAGCACUAAAUGCACUUCAGAGAAGUAUAUAAUUGAAGCUUACGAAUUCCAAUCGGUUAUCUAAGGAAGAGUAUGAAAUAACUUUGGCAGGUGAUACCCUUCCAAAGUAUCUUAUGAGCAAGAGCACCCGAAAUCCCUCUGAGAAACCUUCUGGAACAACAAAUUCUAGCUAUUUACUGUGAGGUAAUACUAUUAGCAAGUUUUGAGAGAAAUACUGUGAUAGGCUUUAAGAAAAAUACUAAUUAAUUUCUCAAAAUGAACCUAAGAAUCUGUUUGAUGUUAACGCGUUAUUACUGUAUUAUAUAUAAACAAAAUCCAGUCGAUGUUAAGUCAUUACUGUAUUUUAUGAUUCGCUUGCAGUUUUGAGAAGGCAUGGCU